AUGAUGAUGAUGAGUGGACAGGAGGAGGAGGAGGAAAAAGAUAUUUUCCUGCUGGAGGCGGGAGAGCGGGAGGAGACGGUCCACAUCGCCCCCGCAGGGGAUCCCCUCGUGCUGGCGUUGCUGCGCCGCAUUGAACAGUACGGCCGGCAACGGAAUGGAAGUGGCGGCGGAAUGACGGAAACAGAAGGCAGCAGAAGUCAAAGCCGUAGUUCUCCUGAGAGUGGCAUCAGCAAGGAAAACAGCAAUUAUGAGAAUAAUAAUGUUAAUAAUAAUGAUAAUAAUAAUGGGGGAGAUCCUGAGGGAAAGAGAGCGGUAACCAGUGAAGAUAUGGUAUCGUUUGAGGAUUUCCCGCAAUUUUAUAAUUGUGGUAAUGCUGAUACACGUUAUAUUCUUGCCCAAAAAUAUUUGGUGGCUAACUCCUAUAAUGUGGAUGAUGCGAUGGAAAUGAUAUUAAAAACAAAUUCCUUUCGAAAACAACAUAAAUUAGACAAUAUCGUGUUAUUCCCCUCGCUUAUUCCAUUACGUGGAUUUACAAAUGAUACAGUGUGCAGUACCCUAAAGCUCCCUACAGCUGAAACAGUGAUGGAAGACAAAGCCACAGAGAAUGGUGGGACUCAUAGAAAUUCUUCUGAAUACUUAAAUAACCAUCAUGCUCUUCAACCUAUAUUUGAUAUGGUGGGAAGUCAAUAUGCAAGUAGUAUACACUACUGGGAUAAGGAAGGUCAUCCUGUUUUUUAUGGUAGUCUUCAAUACCUUAAACCAAAGAAAAUGUAUAAAGAUUUAGAACGGAUUGCACCACUACGUCAACGCCCAGAGAAUCUUGUGCUUCUCCAUCACUUGUACACUAAUGAACUCCUUGGUAAAAUUGUUAAAUACUGUGAUUAUGUAAGGGAAGAAGAAAAGAAAAAAGGAGCUAUUAGAUCGGAAUGUCGAAUUACAACCGCUACAGUUGUUAUUGAUUGUAAUAAAAUACGAAUUCGAGAUUUCAUAGGUGGUUCAUUUAGAAAAAUAAGCCGAGAGAUAAUAAAACUAGAUGAAAAAUAUUAUCCAGAAGUUUUUCAUCGAUUAAUUCUGGUAAAUUGCCCUGGAAGAAUCUCUUUUUCACAUUGGGUAAUGAAAGUCUUUGGAACAGCCAAACAAGGAUUACGACGGAAAAUUAUUUGCGUUAGUAAGAAAAAAACACCGGAAGUGUUAAUUUCAAUGAUUGAUGAAGAUAAAGUUCCUCAAUUUCUUGGAGGUUCGUGUUCUUGUGUGGGUGGUUGUGUUCCUUUGAACGGUUUAACUUUUGGAAGUGAUUGUACCACUAGUUCAACCUCAGCAUCAGCGGAUAAUAGUUCCACACUAACAUCGAAUGCCGAUAGUGGAUGUAAGAGUGAAAGUACGAGUCGGACGUCUGGUAAUCAUCAUGAUCCCUUUCUGCGGUGUGAUGGAACAGAGAAUAUUGUAGUUGCCCCUCGUCAGAAACACACCAUUUCAUUCAAUAUGGAACCCCAUGAGGAUAUCACAUGGGAAUUUAUUGUAAAACGAGGGAAAGUGAACUUUACCGCUGUAUUUAUUCAGUGCUCAUUAGAUGGCCACACGAAGGUGGUCUCAACAGCCACGAAGGUAACGGAGUCCGCUGAACAUUAUGUAUCCGAUUCACCCGGGGAACUCAUAUUAACAUGGGAUAACACAAAGUCUGUGUUUACAGAACGACAGAUUCAACUACGCGUCUAUCAUUCUCAGCGGCGUUCCAAUUCUAUUUCCAAGUAA